UUGCUGAAAACCGGAACGGAAACAAUAGGUGCCCGCCCCCCUAUUCCCACCCCCACUCCACUCCAUGAUGGAAUGCUCCUCCAUUAAUCUCCCUCUAAUCAUUCCAACCACUCUUCCUUUUUCCUCCCUCCCUGGAGAAUCCACCCCGUAAUCCCCCACUUAAUCGUCGUUAGUUUACACCUAAUUAAGACCACUCUCUCAUAAUCCGCGGCUUAAGGGUUAAGACACACAGCCUUCUCCUCAUUCCGUUGGUUUGCUUCCACACCUCCCUUCUCUCCACACUUGUUAGUUCGCCGUUGCACCGGCGCGCUCUCGCCGUGCGCGCGGCAUGUCUAGCGCCGGUGAUCCCGGCGGCGGGAUCGCAGGGCCUGGGCGCGCGGCGCGGCUGCCGCGGUGGACGCGGCAGGAGAUACUGGUCCUCAUCGAGGGGAAGCGGGUGGUGGAGGUACGCGGGCGCGGCAGGGGAAGGGGAGCAGCAGGUGGAGCGGCCGCGGAGCCGACCAAGUGGGCGGCUGUGGCGGAGUACUGCCGGCGGCACGGCGUGGAGCGGGGCCCCGUGCAGUGCCGGAAGCGGUGGAGCAACCUCGCCGGCGACUACAAGAAGAUCAGGGAGUGGGAGCGCUCGCUGCCGUCCUUGGCGGGGAAGGAGGUGUCCUUCUGGGCCAUGCGGAACGACGCGCGGCGAGAGAGGAGGCUCCCGGGCUUCUUCGACCGCGAGGUGUACGACAUAAUCGAGGGCCGCGGCAGCGGCGGCGGCGGUAUCCGUGACGGUGGCAGUAAUGCGGCCGCGGUGCUCGCGGAGGUUGGGGAGGAGGAGGGCAAGGAGAAGGUGGUGUUCGACAGUGGUCGCGCAUCCGUGGCCGGUGACGACGGGCUGUUUUCCUCCUCAUCGUCGUCCGAGGAAGAGGACGAGGAAACGUCCACGCCUGCGCCGGUGCCGGUUCUGCCGACGGCUCCAUAUCCGUCUCCAUCUCAGGCACCCGCGGUGGUGGCCGUGGCCGUGCCCGUUUCUUUACCCGAGAAGAAGACCGAGGCACCUACGCAGGGGAGCUCAGACCAAGCAGGGACAUCCAAAGGCAAGCAACAAGAAGAAAUUAGAAUUACCGAUGAGCCGCCACCACCGCAGGGUGGUCAGAAGAGGCAGCGCAGCGAUGAUGCCCUAGGAGAAACCACUGACCUACAGGGCAAGCUUAUUGAGAUUCUAGAUCGUAGCGGCCGGAUGGUGGCAGCACAGCUGGAGUCACAGAACAUCAACUGCCAACUGGAUAGGGAGCAGAGGAAAGACCAAGUGAGCAGCUUGCUGGGUGUGCUUGGCAAGGUGGCUGAUGCCCUCUACAGAAUCGCUGACAAGCUGUAGUUUGCCGCUGUAAACGUCUUGAGCAACGUAAAUAAUUACUGCGAAUAAGAAGGGAAAUAGCAUGAAUUUAUAAGAAUGUACAGAUUGGUAGAGUAUCUCGUCAUUUGAUUUUUCUUGUAGACUGGUUCUGAAAUUUAGUCAGAAACCUGAAGGAGAUGGCCUAUUUUCCUCAUGGGAGAUACAAAAGCUUAAUAACAUUUGUUGUACAUCGAAAGGGCACAACCUUGUGUAUUCUGGUGAAUCUGAAUCCGGGGCAGGAAUCUUGCUGCUUAA